CAGGUCCCGGCGGGGGCGCUGCCAUAGCAACGGCCUGGACACCCGGACCUUAGGCCGCCGCCGCGGGAGACCGGGCCCUCUCCCGCUCCCGAGGGGUGGGGCGGCGGCGGCCCGGGAGGCGGCCCGGGCCGGGUAGACAGGACCGCCCCCUCCUCGGAUGCCGGCGGAGGCGGCGGAUUUGCUUCCAAGCAUGCCCUUCCAGAAGCACGUCUACUAUCCGCUGGCCAGCGGCAGCCUGGAGGGCCCCGACGCCCCCGCAGCUGCCUCCGGCGCGCGCUCCGCGAUGGCCAGUGGCCCCUACAGCGCGGCGUCGGGCCCCCUGCCCUUCUUCCAGUUCCGGCCGCGGCUGGAGAGCGUGGACUGGCUGCGGCUGAGCGCCAUCGAUGUGGACAAGGUGGCGGGGGCGGUGGACGUGCUGACGCUGCAGGAGAACAUCAUGAACAUCACCUUCUGCAAGCUGGAGGACGAGAAGUGCCCGCACUGCCAGUCGGGGGUGGACCCGGUGCUGCUGAAGCUCAUCCGCCUGGCGCAGCUCACCAUCGAGUACCUGCUGCACUCCCAGGAGUUCCUCGCGUCGCAGCUGCGCGGCCUGGACGAGCGCCUGCGCCUGAGCGUGGCCGAGAGCGAGCAGAGCCAGAAGCUCCUCGCCAAGCAGGCUGGGGAGAUGAAGCUGCUCAAGGAAGAGUGUAAACGCAGGAAAAAGAUGAUUUCGCCCCAGCAGCUGAUGAUCGAGGCCAAAGCCAGCUAUUACCAGGUGGGACUACACGUUGUGAUUCCAAUUCAUAAUCCAGUAAAAAAUCCCUCGGUCCCACCGGCCAGGAUAUGGAGAGCCCUUUCCUAG